AUGGGUUAUGCAAUAAAUAAACCUGAUACAGGGUUUAUUGGACCCUUAACACAAGCUGAACAUGAACAACUUUAUCCUCGAACUGACAAACCUGAUUUAUUGGCUGAGGUAGCUGCUGAAGAAAAUGAAUGGGUAGAAUUUGAACGGCUUGAUGAAAAAGAAGCUGUUCAAGCUGGAACUGCAGCUUGGACUCCCUUAACACCACCCUAUAUCGACUCACAUUUCUCUAUAUGGUCUCUGUCAGAAUCUAUAAGUGCUAGUCAGCUUUAUCUGGGUGGAAAGCUUCCUCCACCUCCAACAGCUAGUUGGGCAAAAGUAUUACGACGAGACUAUACAGCAGAUGAUUACGAAGAAGAAAUGGAUUAUAUGCGUGCUCGAGCUGAAAAUGAAAUCAAAUAUGAAAUCGGUGAACUGGCUCCUGUACGAUAUGCAAUUCACGUUCAGGUCGCUUCAACGUAUUCCGAAAGUUUGAUGAUUUCUUCUUUGGCUGAAGAUUAUUAUUGUAUAGCAGGUUAUAUUGGUUGGUGUGAUCUGUCCGAUCCAAGUCUCUCCAAUCAUGUUCAACAAAUGAGUCAUGAUCCGUUACUUGUCGGUUUGCGUUAUGAUGUUAGUGAAAUGGAUGGCGAUUAUCUGUUGGAUUCAAUGAUCGAUAGUAGUUUCUCAGUAAUUGAACAUCAACAACUUGUAUUCGAUUUAGCUAUUGGACCACAUCAAUUAAGACAUGCAUGUCAUUUAGCUUAUCGUCAUCCUAAAUUAAAAUUAGUACUUAAUCAUUGUGGUUUACCUGUAGAGUUUACUGCAAGCAGAUCAGAUAAUUUAGCUUGGAAGAACUGGCGCUCAGAUUUGGAACUACUCAGUCGAUAUCCAAAUGUUUAUUGCAAAGUGACUGGUGCUACUGGUUGUAUACAAAAGUCUUCAGAAUUAUCUAAUGAUACAUCCGAUGUUUACAGUAUCGAUCAUUGGUGUGCCAGUUCAGCUUUAUCUCAUGCAAUCAGUUGUUUUGGACCAGGUCGUUGUUUGUUUGGCUCCGGUUGGCCAACAUGUCGAUUGUUCCAACCAAAUCAAACAGGUUGGCCUGAACAAGCCACAGCUAGUGAUUUACAAACAUGUGAUAUACCUGGUGAAAUAGCAGCUAAACGUGCAAGACGAUCAGUUCCGUUGAAGGUUCUUAAUUUAUGGGAGACGGCUAGAUUAGUGGAACAUGCUAUGGGUGAUGCUGGUUAUGGAUCGGUUGAAGAUAAAGAGAAAAUAUUUUCGACAAACGCACGACAUGUAUAUAGUUUAUCUAUUCGACCAUAUGGUUCAUGUCCGAAACUUAAACGUUCUGAAUAGUUAUUGAACAACCAAUUGUAUCAUAUUAUAAAUUAUGUACAAAGUAUUAUGCAUUAUUAUCUAUACUCAUUAUAGGUGAAUUUGUUUUUAUACAAUGCAAAUUUACUUGGGAAUGGAUUUUUCUCCGUUCUAUCUGUAUUGUAGCAUUUUUUCAGUGUUAUAUUAGGCAGAUAAUUGUGUUUUUGUCGGGAUUGUUUCAUUGUAAAUAUUGUUUAUAAAUUGAGCAUCUUAACCAAGAUUUUUUUAAACUAGAACCUUGUAGAAACUGUAAAAUAUCUGACCAGUUUUGUUAUUAUAGCUGUUUUUUCACAUUCUCAGAGAAGGUGGAUGUCAUUAGUGAAUGAUUAGUGGGAAUAAUAUGACGUUUAGUCAUAAUUAUAUUCAGUAUUAUAAACACUGAAAUUUUUGAUGUUUUUCUCCAGUAAUAUAUUGUUCACCUUCAUACCUAGCCUUAAAUGGGUACUGAACAAUUCAUCUCAUAGAUAAAUAUUUCCUCUCAGUGUGUGUUUAUUAAACUGAAUACAUGAUAUUCUCUUUUGUUGUUUGUGAUCAUAUUAUUUCACAUUAUCCAUUUCAUCUCGUCGUGCUAAUGUGAUGUGGUAACUUCGGCUAAUGCACAUUUAUGACAAGUUUUACGCUGGCUAUAACAGAUUCAUGAAGUCAAGAAUUUCACGAUCUGAAUGAUGUUGGAUGAACUAUAAAUUUAUUAAUACUGGGAAUUCAUGUUAAUUUCUUUACAUGAGAAACAAGUUUUCGUUUGUGCAAAGCUCUGGUUAUCUCAUUUUGGCUUUGUUGUCUAAUCUGAACAUCACGAACGUUGGUUGUAUAUGAUACGAUUGGAAAUUCAUUGAAAAACCAAGUAAUUACGUCCAUAAUAUAUUCAUCAAUGGAGCUUCAAUAUGUCAGCGUCUUGUAUAUUAUGAUUAUUAACAGUAAAAGAGCUGGUAUUGAUUUGUAAUGUGUCUGACUUUGAAUCGAAACAUUUCUACCAUAAAAUAUCUUGUGGGUCAAUGUUCUGAAGUUUGCACGCCAUUAUAUGAUCCAGAAUGACUGGCUAAUGUUAUAGAUUGAUUCUCUGUUUUCCUACGUAAUGUUAAUCCAACUUGCGUGACAUGUAGGUAUAUUGGUUCACUGAAUAGACGUAAUUUCGUGAUCAUUGUCUGACAUAUCUUCAUCAGCAACUCGCCGCAAACUUAGAAAUUUAUGCUUUCGACUUCGCCUCGAAGACAUCUAUAAUUGAACCCUACUGGCCAUAAUUAUUCGUUUACUCCCCUACAAUAGGUAUCGGUGGUUUGCAUUUUGGAUGAUAUACUCUUCUACGAAUAAUGAUUUGUUACUUACGCUUAAUCGUUUUAUUUUUGACCUCAAAACUACUUAUAUAACUAGUGCUUGUCGUUGUGGAUUUUUUCACUGAUUCUUUAGUUAUUGUUAUGUAAGGCAAGAACUAUAUUUAAAUUGAAAAAUUUCGCUUCAACUACCUAACUUAAUCAUUUCCAACUUCUUUAAUAUCUUAUUUUCUUGCGCAUCGAGCGAAUAUAUUUUCUCUAUCUGCGUAAGAAAAUUUGUUAAUGUCGGGUGAGAGACAAAUAUCACUAAUGGUAGUGCAUAAUCAUCUCUCAACUUGACGAAUUAACUGGAGUUCGAAAUGUAAACUUGCACGUUCACUUAUUGGUCUGAAGCUUAAGUGUAUGCCACGUCUCUGUUCUACCUAUCCUGAGGUUAUGGUUGCUUACUUCCGAUAAAUCCUAUACUAGAAUAAAAUAAUUGUCCAAUGCUUUAUAGUCUACAAUGAUUGUUCAUGAUCUAAGACCACAAAAUUCAAUGAUCUCCAUAACCCCCUACAUAAAAAAAUCAAUCUCAGAUAGUCAUUAACGCCAUAACAUGGAAUUUAACUGUUUUGAAUGAGAAGUGAUCCAUUGAGUUCUACUACAAAGUGAAUGUUGUUUAUAUUGUAUUUAGAUUCUUAAAUUAGGCAGAUCGAAACAUCUAGGGUAAUAAUUAUGCAAACGUAACUUAUACUGAAAUACUAAAUCACAACAAGGGUGCAUUUGUAUGUAUACGUUAUUUAGCUGUGUAUGUAUCCACAUGUAGUCAAUCGUUAUAUUGUAUGAAUAAUAGAGAAUAUAUGUUGUGAUGCUAUGCUUGAUCGAUUCUCAAUUUUUAUCACUAAGGUGUAUUCAACUUCUUUUUAUAGUUUUUUAGAUGUCAACUUAUAAGUAGAAUGGUGUAAUACGCUUCUCUAUUCUAAGUAUCAUUAAAUGUUAAUAAAUAACUUUCACUGUAAAUUAUUCCAAAAAUAAAAUGAGAUUGUUUUUUUUUAGCAUG